AUGACGUUGUCGCUGCUCGCGCUGCUCCCUAUGCGCGCUGAGUGCCAGUCCGGUUUACGCAGGUUGGGCUGUGUCAACCAGAUGGGAUGUUCUCUUGAUAGUUGCUGUAGGUUGAGCUGCUGUAGGUUGAGCUGCUGUAGGUUGAGUUGCUGUAGGUUGAGCUGCUGUAGGUUGAGUUGCUGUAGGUUGAGCUGCUGUAGGUUGAGCUGCUGUAGGUUGAGCUGCUGUAGGUUGAGCUGCUGUAGGUUGAGUUGCUGUAGGUUGAGCUGCUGUAGGUUGAGCUGCUGUAGGUUGAGCUGCUGUAGGUUGAGCUGCUGUAGGUUGAGUUGCUGUAGGUUGAGUUGCUGUAGGUUGAGCUGCUGUAGGUUGAGCUGCUGUAGGUUGAGCUGCUGUAGGUUGAGUUGCUGUAGGUUGAGUUGCUGUAGGUUGAGUUGCUGUAGGUUUAGGUUGAGCUGCUGUAGGUUGAGUUGCUGUAGGUUGAGUUGCUGUAGGUUGAGUUGCUGUAGGUUGAGCUGCUGUAGGUUGAGUUGCUGUAGGUUGAGCUGCUCCCUAGCCUAUGCCACCGCCCAGGUGCCCGACCACGCCCACGGCUGUACCCAUGGCAGCUGUUACCCCGCAACGGGAGACCUGUUGGUGGGCCGUGAGAAGAGCCUGAAGGCCUCGUCUACCUGUGGCUCCAGGAAGAAAGAGCCUUACUGUAUCGUCAGUCAUCUACAGGAUGAGAAGAAAUGUUUCCAGUGUGACUCUCGCCGGCCAUAUGACCCAGUCUACAAUACCAUCAGUCACCGCAUUGAGAACGUUAUCACAACGUUUAAACCACACCGCAAGAAGUCCUGGUGGCAGUCAGAGAAUGGAAAGCCUGAUGUCUUCAUUCAACUGGACCUCGAGGCAGAAUUCCAUUUCACUCAUCUAAUCAUGACCUUCAAGACGUUUCGCCCAGCAGCCAUGGUGAUUGAGCGAUCGGCAGAUUUUGGACGUAACUGGCAGGUGUACCGCUACUUUGCCUACGACUGUGCCUCGGUCUUCCCCGGGAUAUCCAAAGGUCCCCUGCGCAAGGUGGAUGAUGUCACCUGUGAGUCCCGCUACUCUGACAUCGAGCCAUCCACAGAGGGAGAGGCCAUCUACAGAGUUUUGGACCCUGCCAUCCGCAUUGAGGACCCCUACAGCCCCAACAUUCAGAAUCAGCUGAAGAUCACUAACCUGCGUGUGAACUUCACCAAGCUGCACACCCUGGGUGACAACCUGCUGGACUCCCGCGUGGAGAUCAAGGAGAAGUACUACUACGCCAUGUACGAGCUGAUCAUCCGCGGCAACUGCUUCUGCUAUGGCCACGCCUCCGAGUGUGCCCCCAUCGAUGGGAUCAAGGAUGAGGAGGGCAUGGUCCAUGGGAGGUGUGUGUGUAAGCACAACACCAAGGGUCUGAACUGUGAGCUGUGUGACGACUUCCAUAACGACGUGCCCUGGAGACCGGCUGAGGGACGCAACACCAACGCCUGCAAGAAAUGCAACUGUAACGGUCACUCCAACCAGUGUCACUUUGACAUGGCAGUGUACCUGGCCACAGGCAAUGCCAGCGGUGGCGUCUGUGACGACUGUCUCCAUAACACCAUGGGACGCACCUGUGAGAUGUGUAAACCCUUCUAUUACCUGAACCCCAGCAGGGACAUCAGAGACCCAGGAGUCUGUAGUGCCUGUGACUGUGAUCCUGAUGGUUCCCUGAACGGGGGCAUCUGUGACGGGCAUGAUGAGCCAUCCCUGGGCAUGGUCGCUGGGCGGUGCCGCUGUAAGGACCAUGUGGAGGGACCUCGCUGUGACAAAUGCAAGUCUGGCUUUUUCGGCCUGAGUGCAGAGAAUCCCCGUGGCUGCCAAACCUGCCAGUGUGACCCCAGGGGUACGGUGUCAGAGAGACCACAGUGUGACCCUGUGAGCGGGGACUGUUUCUGCAAGCGCCAGGUCACCGGACGCAGCUGUGGCCAGUGUCUGCCAGAACACUGGGCACUGAGUCACGACCUGAAUGGCUGUAGAGACUGUGACUGUGAUGUGGGCGGAGCCACAGAUAACCACUGCUCAAUGGAGAAUGGGCAGUGUCGUUGUCGUAGUUAUAUGGUGGGCCGUCAAUGUACCCAGGUGGAGUCUGGGUACUUCUUCAUGGCUCUGGACCACUAUAUCUACGAGGCUGAGCUGGCCAUGCUGGGACAGGGCUGCAGUGUGGAGCAGAGGGAGCACCAGCCUGGGCGCCCUACCACCUGGACUGGCACUGGGUUUGCCAAGGUCCCAGAGGGCAGCAGCCUGGAUUUCUCCAUCAACAUCAUCCCCUACUCCAUGGAGUACGACCUCCUCAUCCGCUAUGAGUCGCAAAUGCCACGGGACUUGGAGGAGGUCCGUGUGACUAUCAUUCGGCCAGGGCCCAUUCCCACCAGCAGCCCAUGUGGAAACACCAUCCCUGCAGACGACAUGCUCACUGUUUCCCUGCCUGCAGGAUCCAGGUUUGUCGUGCUGCCUCAAUCUAUCUGCUUGGAGAGAGGAGUUAGUUACACGCUUCACUUUGAGUUCAGUCGCUAUCUGGAACGGAACAAUGUUCUCAUUCCCGGUACAACUGCUGCCAACAUUCUAGUGGACUCUAUUUCCCUUCUCCCUCGUUACUCCUCCCUGGAGAUGUUCAUCGGCGGAGACCCCGCCUCCAUCGCCCGGAAACAGAGCUACGAGCGCUACCGCUGCCAUGACGGGGCUAAGAGCGUGACACGCCCCCAGAUCAGUGACGUCUGUGCCAAACUCAUCACCAGCAUGUCAGCCAUCAUUAACCAUGGAGCUUUGGCUUGCCAGUGUGACCCCCAGGGUUCAGUCAGCUCAGUGUGUGACAUGCGCGGAGGUCAGUGUCGCUGUAGGUCCAAUGUGAUUGGACGGCGCUGUGACCACUGUGGUCCUGGGACGUACGGCUUUGGACCUGCAGGAUGUAAAGCCUGUGAGUGUAGUCUGGAAGGUGCGGUCACUCGGUUCUGUGACCAGCUGACUGGGCAGUGCCCAUGCAGCCAGGGUGCGUUUGGCCAGCGGUGCGAUGGCUGCCAGGCAGGACACUGGGGCUUCCCCAACUGUAAGCAGUGCCUAUGUAACGGACACGCUGAGGAGUGCCACCAGAGGACCGGAGCCUGUCUCAACUGCAGGGAAAACACUGGAGGGGACAAAUGUGACAGGUGUGCCAACGGUUACUACGGCAACCCGGUGCUGGGCACAGGUAACAGUAACCGAUGCCAGCCCUGCCCCUGCCCGGAUGGCCCAAACAGCGGAAGAUACUUUGCUACCUCCUGUCACCAGGACAACCGCAACAGACAGGUGGUCUGCAACUGUAACCAAGGAUACACAGGUUCCCGGUGUGAGGAGUGUGCCCCUGGUUACUAUGGUAACCCCUCCCAGCCAGGUGGGCGGUGCCAGCCGUGCAGGUGCAGUAACAACAUUGACAUGUCAGACCUGGAUGCGUGUGACCGGAGGACAGGAGAGUGUGAGAAGUGUCUCUACAACACAGAGGGACCAGACUGUGGGGUGUGCAAGAGUGGUUACUAUGGAGACGCCUCGCGACGCAACUGCAGAAAGUGCACCUGUAACUUCCUGGGCACAGAGCAAACCCAGUGUACAGCACGGGAUGAGUGUGUCUGCCAGCGUGCCACGGGGCAGUGCCAGUGUCUACCCAACACUAUCGGCCUGACAUGUGACCACUGUAAGCCCAACUACUGGAACCUGGCUAGUGGGCGGGGCUGUGAGGCCUGCGGCUGUGAACCCAACAACGCUGUCAACCCCGCCUGCAACGAGUUCACUGGAAAGUGUCAGUGUCGUGACGGAUUUGGUGGGAAGACCUGUACAGACUGCCAAGAGAACUACUGGGGUGACCCAAGGAUCCAGUGUAGAGGUCAGCAUUAA